GCAAGAGGCGCGAUGCGCCGCGUCGGGGGCGGGCGGCGGGGGGAGUAAUUUUAGCUUGUCGCCCGCGCCGCAGCCCGCCGAGCCGAGAGUCCCGAAUCCGAAAUCGUGUCCCGUGCCCCCAUCGCCGUGGCCCUUGAGUGCGUCCCGCUCGCGUUUUUCUGUGUUCUUCUCGCCGCCGGAUUUAACACUUUUCCCGCCAAAAUGGUUGCCAUGGAAGAUUUGGACAAGGAUCAAAUAGCAUUGCUCAAAAGGGCGUUCGAUGCGUUCGCCCAGGGCAAGGGCUACAUCGAGGCCAACACAGUGGGCACAAUCCUGCAGAUGUUGGGUCAUGAGGUCUCCGAGGAGAGGCUCAAGGAAAUUAUCGCAGAAGUCGAUGCUGAUGGAUCCGGGGAGCUGGAAUUCGAAGAGUUCGUGACACUUGCUGCCGGAUUUUUGACGGAGGAAGAAGCUGAGGAUGCGGAAGCAAUGCAAGCGGAAUUAAAGGAAGCUUUCCGACUUUACGACAAAGAGGGAAAUGGCUACAUCACAACGGAUGUGCUUCGUGAGAUUCUCAAGGAACUCGAUGACAAAAUCACGACGGAAGAUCUGGACAUGAUGAUUCAAGAAAUUGACUCUGAUGGAUCCGGCACAGUUGAUUUUGACGAGUUCAUGGAGGUGAUGACUGGUGGAGACGACUAGAAAGCAGUUACCGGAUAACGUCAAUGGUUGGUGCCUAAGAUGUCAAGAGGAAGAAGAGGACCACCAUAAGAAAUGUUCACGCAAAACCCGCCAAGCUGGGGACCAAAAAUCUAUCCUCCCUACAACUAAAAUGUAUCACACAGUACAUCGAAGUGACAAGCAGGGGAAAAUGAAGAGAGAUUAAAAAGCCAUGCGCAAAACACAAUCUAUAUUUCCCCAACUUAAACAAAUAGACGCGCCUGAGCCACGUUUUAGGAUUUCAACAUGAACCUGUCCAACAUUUUAAGGACUGAAUUUUGAUUUUCCUCUAUAGAAUUAUAAGAUCUGAGGUCGGCUGUGUUCAAUAUUACCUUUAAAGCAAAUUACAAAUUAUUUGUUGGUCGAAGUUGGACUGUAAUGACCUGAAAUCAUAAACUUGUUCCACCAAUGGUCAAAUCAAUCUAUUGCACGGCUCAAUUCUAGUCUCUUUUUGCAGGAGCCAGACGCAAUAGUUUCAAAUAUGUCUGCUGCUAAAUUAGAUACGUCCAUCAAGGAUUAAUUCAAUUUUGGAUAAAGUUAUGACAAUACUUUGGGUAUUUCCUUCCACCACAAAAGUCCCGUAGAAAUUACUGACAGCCGCCGGAGAUGGUGAUCAAUUGGACAAGUAAAAGUUGCCGAACAUUCAAACUUUACUGCUCCCUGCCCGCAAAUAUUAUUUCCCACAAAUUCCCUCAUAAAUUGCAAUGGAUGGGAAAAUUCAAUUGAUAUCGGUGCGCGAUCAAAAGUUAUUGUUAUUCUAGUCAUAAUUUUGCCCUUAAGAAGUUCUUCGUCAUACUAUGCUAUAUUUAUGUUUUACCCUCUCGUUCCUCUGUUGGUGGAGGAAGUACUUUUCCUCUUUUCCGCGAUGGAGAGGGAUUCAUGUUAGUUUGUGGCUUUCGUCUCAUAUUUUUUCGUCCUUUGUGAAUAACUGAUAUUUCCAUUCUAAUUUAUAUUAAAACCAUAUUUUUAUACUCACA